AUCCGCGCAAAUGAAUGUCGAGCGUUGUGCUCGUGGCAAUGGCGGGGCCCCGGAGAAAGUGUGGAACUCAUCCCAGUUCCAACAUCCAAAAGAGUUGUGUUCCGUUCCGGCGGGUUCCAGGAACGGGAACGGGUAGGGCCGAGGUUUGUGGACGUCACGAAACAUUUCUCUAUAUUUACCAGUAGCUGCAUGCUCACCAGCUUUCAUCGUCCACCAUGUCCUUUGAGCCUCCGCUGUCACGUCUUCCGCACUAUCCGUCAAGAUGAAGUGGUCGACCGUGUUGUUCACUAUUCUCCCUCUCGUCUCGGCUGCGCCCAAGAAGCAAGACGCGCCAGCGACCUUUGCGCAACGCGUCGUCUUCACGCCUCCAGACAAUUACACGGAUCCACGUGUGCUGUACGCUCGCACUGCCCAGUUCAAAGACGGUACGCUGCUGGCGACAUGGGAGAACUAUAGCCCUGAGCCUCCCCCGGUGUACUUCCCCAUUUACAAGUCUACCGACGGUGGGUACAACUGGAAAGAGAUCUCGCGCGUCCAAGACCAGGCCCAGGGCUAUGGACUCCGGUAUCAGCCGUUUCUGUACAUCCUCGAUGAAGCCUUUGCUGGCUUUCCCAAGGACACCGUCUUGCUUGCUGGCAGCUCUAUUCCCACGGACUUGUCGAGCACGCAGAUCGACCUCUACGCCUCCACCGACCGGGGCGUGACCUGGAAGUUUGUGUCGCACAUCGCAGCAGGCGGCGUCGCCAUCCCCAACAACGGCCUGACGCCCGUCUGGGAGCCGUUCCUCAUGAAGUACAAGAACACCAUGAUCUGCUACUACUCGGACCAGCGGGAGAACACGACCUACGGCCAGAAGAUGGUCCACCAGACAAGCAAGGACCUCAAGACCUGGGGCCCAGUCGUCAACGACGUCACGUACCCGACCUACACCGACCGCCCGGGCAUGCCCACCGUCGCCCGCCUGCCCAACGGCAAGUACAUCAUGGCGUACGAGUACGGCGGCGGGCCGGCCAUCACCACCUCGUACCAGUUCCCGGUCUACUACAAGGUCGUGUCCAACCCGGAGAAGUUUGGCGCCGCCACGGGCAUCUCGCUCAAGACCACCGACGGCUACAUCCCCACGGGCUCGCCGUACGUCGUCUGGAGCCCCGUGGGCGGCAAGAACGGGACCAUCAUUGUCAGCGCGCACAGCUCGGGCGAUAUUUACGUCAACACGGGCCUGGCUGAGGCCGGCACGCCCUGGAAGAGGGUUGCCACACCCGAGAAGAAUGCCUACACGAGACAUCUGCGCGUGCUCAACGACCCAACCAAGCUGCUCAUCAUGGGCGCCGGCCAGCUGCCGCCCAGCACUACCAACAAGGUGCAGCUCAGUGUCAUGGACAUUAGCAAGCUGUAAGCUGGACCUCUCUGCUUCAGCCUGCCGGGGGAUGCUCUCUUGGCUGAGUAUGGUACUGCAUGUUACAUCACACUUGGGGUGUCGAAUGGUAGACUCACCUUGUCUGGUGUCGAUAUGCAUUCAAGAUGUACAGUACAUACAAUUUAGAAAGUACUAGACUUGUCAAUGCUGUGGUCAACCACGCUUUUCCCCUUC